AGACAUUAAGAUAGUUAUAAUCAUCAUGAUUUGUCCUUUUGACGCUGUUUAGAAUUUCUCGGAAGGAUCUCUGAUGUGAGGGAAGUGGAUAACAUGUAGUAGGGUGUUUCACUAUUCCCUGGAUCGAAAUUAAGUCAACUAUUACGAUGAGGGUGAUUUUGACAGCGGUCGUUUUGAUUGGGGUUUAUUGUGAGCUUUCAAAUGGACUUCAUAAGGAUAAGAAAGAAAAGGGAGACAAGCUCGUUAGUUUUUUUCGGGACAACAAUGGGAGUGUACUUUUGCAGGAAAGUUCUGAUGCAAACAGAGAUGGGGGGAGACUCAACAUGUCACAUGUGAUUAACUCCACAAAAGAGGGAAAAUCUGAGGGCAGGAAAUUGUCAACAACCAAGAGCCUCACGGGAGAGGAGGAAACUAAGCAAGGAUACAAUAAUCAUUUGCUAGUUAUAAAAAAAGUUGUCGGAAAGAAGGAAAAUAAAACUGGAAAUGAGAUUAAUGACACCAGCUCUAAGCCUAAAGAACAAAAAACCCAUUAUUAUGACAGUAGCCAAGAUAAAAAGAAACAAAAAGCUAAAUUUCGCCAGCUUCUAUGUGCGCUUUUUAAUGUUUCAAAUGAAAGUGAGGCUUGUAAAAACAAGCACCAUUCUAAGAAGGCAAUGAUAUGGCCAACGAGAAUGAUACCGUGGUUAAAGAGAGUACUUCUGAGUAAGCUGAGUCGAGGAUCAUACAAUCAAAUGCCAUUUCUAGAUGACACGAACAGUCCUAGCGAGUCAUUUUUUGGAGGAGGUAUUCAGAAUGGCUUAUCCGACAACUGGGAUAAUGAUCCACUUCUGAAUAUACGUAGGAAGCAACAUCAUGGUUUGAAAAUGGUUCCCUUGCUGAAGUCGUUAAAGGCAAAGCUGUAUGGCCAUGGAACGCCUGGUAAUUUUGGUAGCCUCAACGAGGCAUUGAAUGGUGAAGGACUUAAUGGAUUUGGCCCAAUGCCAACCCAAGGCAGCUCGAAGCUGAUUCAUCAAAUACUUGGCCAGGCUAUUGGAAGUUCCGACAGGAAUUCUGUUUUAAACGAGAUGAUGCAAGAGUUUCUUCUUGCCAACAACCGGGAAGAGACGGAAGGCAAUGAAGCAUUUUCAGACUUGGCCGAUAGAAAUAGCUUCUCGCAACUUAACAACGGUCUUCAGAGCUCUUCACUUCUUCCAGAGCCCAGCUUACAGCUACAAGGCAACAUGAGAACACCUUUGGCGUCGGAGCAACCUAUUCAUGCCCAAAUGUUGGACAAUGGUGCUCUUGCACCGAUGUCCAAUCAACCAAUUGGUAAUUCUCCUUUGAAAGGUGCAUCUUUCCUAGGAGGUCGUUCUCCUAUAGGAAGAUCUCCUAUGGUUGGAAACCACUUGACAUUUCCCUCGAUGAUCAGGCCACUGGGCCCUCCAACAUCAAGAAGUUCUGAAUUUCAGAGUUCUGUGUUGGAAGCUCCUCAGAGAGAAGGUUCUCUCCUUCAAAGAGCCGGUGGAUUCGACACUCCAAUAUCGUCUUCAGUGCUACAACGCACUUCAAACCCCACUCAGCGUAUGUAUAUGGAAAAUGAAAGGGAAGAGCAAGGUAUUUCUAGUCAGGGAGAUGAUUUUGUAGAACGGAAUGAAGCCAAUGAAAGGCAUUUACCAUUGCGUCAAUCAGUGGGUAAUAAUUUGGUAAUGGAAGAAAUAAGCGACAAUCAGGCGAGAGGAGGAAAUCUUCCAAUGCAAACAAACCCAGAUUUAGAUCGUAUGUUGAAGCUUCAAUCUACUUUUAGGUCACCAGAAAGUUCUUCCAUGUCAAGGGUUGCUCGACUUGAACUCGAUUCAAAUCUUGAACAUGGGUUACAGCUACCGGUUGGCUCCAUGGGUAUGCCCUCUAUCUUAUCUAAGGACGAAGAUUCCAUAAACUUUAACGAUUUAAAUAAUGAUCGAUCCCUUGCAUUUAGAAGAGGAAAAGUUUUAAAAGGAGGGAAAAAUUUGGUUCCCUCAUCAAAGAAAGCGCAAAUGUCACAAAACAAUAAACCUAAUAUCAAGAAGAGCAGGGGAUAAAAGCGGCAUCCACUCCGCUAAUUAAUUUCCUCUGGUGCAUGACUGUUCAGCUGGUAAAAGCAUUCGAUCAUGAACCUUCAUUUGGAGCUUGCUUUUUUUCAAAAUAAGAGAAUCUAACAGUGAGCAGGAAACCAAGCUAGAGUCUCUGCUAAAAAUAAGAGUUUAGUCGACGAGGGUCAGGUUAUUUGAGAGCCUAGGAGUAUUACGGGUGGUAUAGGUCUGACUGUAAAUUGAUAGCACGGCACGUAAACAAGUACUGUCAAAAUCUUUCAAAAAGCGGGCAGACAUCAUUCAUGAACUGAUCAGUAAGGAGGUGUAUACAUGUUAUACAAACCUUGAAGAAAUUGAACAAUACGUAAUGAAAAUAUCGGCAAACCACAUUAGCCAAAAACAAAUAGGAAAAAUAAUAUUGUAUCAUAUGGGCAACUGUCAGUUAUCUUGCUAUUUUCUAUCAGUUAUGGAUUGAAAAAAUAAAGAUAAAAAGUAUA